AACGGACCUUAUAUAUAGGGGGGGCGGGCGGUGGCGGAGCGCGUGCGUGAGGGCCGGCGGUUGGAGCUGAGGCGAUGUCGCGCUACGGGCGCUAUGGCGGCGAGACCAAGGUGUACGUGGGGAACCUGGGCACAGGCGCCGGGAAGGGUGAGCUGGAGAGAGCCUUCAGCUACUACGGGCCGCUGCGCACUGUGUGGAUCGCCCGAAACCCGCCGGGCUUCGCCUUCGUGGAGUUCGAAGACCCCCGAGACGCUGAGGAUGCUGUUCGUGGACUAGACGGAAAGGUAAUCUGCGGCUCCAGAGUUCGUGUAGAGCUGUCGACCGGCAUGCCUCGUCGCUCCCGCUAUGACAGACCUCCAGCCCGACGGCCGUUUGAUCCUAACGACAGGUGUUACGAAUGUGGGGAGAAGGGUCAUUAUGCGUAUGACUGUCAUCGUUACAGUCGUCGGAGGAGGAGCCGGUCACGGUCUAGAUCCCAUUCAAGAUCCAGAGGAAGAAGGUAUUCUCGCUCACGCAGCCGAAGUCGUGGGAGAAGAUCCAGGUCAGCUUCCCUUCGCCGAUCACGGUCAAUCUCUCCUCGUAGAUCUAGAUCAAUCUCACCCCGCAGAUCCCGAUCUGGUUCCCUAAAAAGAUCAAGGUCUAGAUCGAGGUCAAGGUCCAGAUCCCGGUCUGUUACAUGGCCAAGAAGCAGGUCGGGGUCCCGUGGUAGAUCUAAAUCUGGCUCACCUGCUAAAAGCCGAUCAAAAUCCAGAUCAGCAUCUCCAAAGAGAAGCCGUUCACCAUCAGGAACCCCUCGAAGGAGUGCAAGUCCGGAAAGAAUUGAUUAAGAUUACAAAAUUAACCCUUUAGAAAAGAAAGAUAUUUUGUUUACAUUAUUAUAAGGGAUUUUGUGGUGUCUUUUGAUGUAAAUGUAAGGAUUUAGCUAGAAAGAUAUAUCAGUCAGUUGGCAAUUGACAUGAAUCUGGAUCUUUUAAACAUCAGUAGACUAGUGCACAGCUUUUCUUGUACGUAUUAACAUCCUGUGAUCUGGAAAUGUGGGACUUUUUUAUUGGCACAUUGAAAUAAAAUGUAUUUCUAACGAAA